CGUGCAGAGGCUGUAAGGAGGAUCCUUAGCCUAGCCUUCGCUCUGCCAUGGAUUCCCGGCACGCAUCUCUAGGCCGCCGAACGUUGGAAGAAAUUCGUCAAAAGCGAGCUGCAGAAAGAUUGAGCAAAACUUCUUCGGGACCCGAUCUCAGCCAGAUCCCACCUAUCGAUAAUGGAGGAAUGAGAAAAUCGGAGAGCGCAAAUCGACUCUCUGAGAGCGAUGUUAGUACUUUAGUUUCUCAGAUAAGAGACUUGGAUAGGAAGAAUGCAGAACUGGAAGAAGAAAACAAAAAUUUGGCUUCCAUGCUUGAAACAAAUCGGGUCGAAUACCAGUCCGACAGCCCACACUGGUCAGGCCGCCGCCGGACGAGCUCGAGUUAUCAAUCGGAAAGGAACCGGUCUUGGGUGUUAGGGUUUCUCGAGGAAGAGGAGAAAACUUGGUUUCUAAGAUUAUGA